CGCAUGAUGGUCACGCGCGAGCGUCUUUCCCUAUGAAACGAACGCGGAUUAAAGAGACGCGCUGGGAGACCGUUGUUUUCAUACGCACCGUAGCACGAGAGGAUUAUGAGCUGCGCUUAUCUUUCCAAUCAGAUGGGCAGUUAAAACCUUGUGGUAAACGCUACGUUAAUUUAUUGCAUUGAGUGGAAACGGGAGGUCGAAUGGUUAGUUUUUCUUUUACACUAGUCGCCAAAGUGUUACAGCAAUCGGACUGAGGGAAGUUCAAAUUGGCUUUUUCCUUGACACACACAAGCGUCACAAGAUCUUGAAGGAGCGCUGCGUGCUCACGAGCUACAUGGGACAUACUUUGAAUUAUUUAAUUGCGUCUUGCACGAGCGCAUAUUGAGAAAAAUCACGCGCAGAUGGUAGACUGAAGCGCGUUCAUGGAAAACGGACAUUUUUUACGUUUGGGAAGGAAAUAAUUGACACUGUAUCGAGCCUGUUUGGCCCCUCUCGUCAUGCGGCGGUGGGGGAGGAUCGGAGCAGGGACCUCGCACGGAUUUCAUGUUUCGCAACAAUGUUAAUGCCCCACACCGAGGUUUAUAAAGCCUCAAAAUGACACUUUGUUUCCAAAUGGUUAAAGUGCACUCAAGCAGUUGCGUUUAGAGUUUGUCUACGAAUUCGAGUUAUUGUAAAACAGACAACUCCAUUUUUAAUUGAUCUAUCGCAGUUGAUAUUGAUGAAAAUAAAACCCGCGGUCCCUAGUAUUGUUCUUUAGAAAAUCUAAAAAAGUAAGCGUGAAUAAAUAUCAAAAUAGUUGAAUGUAUCUCACAGUGCAGCAUAUCCAAUCUAUGAUCUGCAUGAAGAUCUGAUCUACAUAAAAACUCGCCACACUUGCUUUUAUCAGGGGAAACAUUUCUGUAGCCGUCGUGUGUAUUAACGCAUCUUUAUGUCUGAAGUUAUUUUGUGGUCCUCUGCACAAAUGGCGUCUUUCCCUGACUCCGACCUGCAAACAUGUCCGCUGUGCAAGGAGCUGUGCGGCUGCUCUGCUCCGAUCUCCUCCAAUUCAUCUACCUCCUCCUCCUCUUCUCAGACCUCCAGCUCAUCAUCUACCUCAUCCACCAGGAGACUGCACGUCCUGCCCUGUCUGCACGCCUUCUGCAGGCAAUGCCUGGAGGGCCACAGGAACCCCGGUGACCCUCUGAAGCUCAGAUGCCCCACUUGUGACCAAAAAGUCUCUCUAUCCGAAUCAGGCGUGGACGCCCUGCCCUCCUCCAACUUUCUCUUCAGCAAUCUGCUGGAUGUGGUGGUCUCUGCAGAAGAACAGGGCAAGAACGGUCGGUCUUCUUCGGUGGUCCACCAUGGUGGUCUGCUGAGACCUCAGCACCUCUCAGAUCCUCAGUGCAGCUCUUGUGAUGAGGGUAACCCUGCUACCUCCCACUGCCUGGACUGCCAGGAGUACCUCUGUGAUAACUGCGUGCGGGCCCACCAGAGGGUCCGACUCACCAAAGACCACUUCAUCGAGGGGCUGAUGGAGAGCUUGCACCUGGCCAACCGCACCAAUAACUCCAACACCCCGGUGAACAUCUCCCAAGCCUUCCAUAACAGCUUCUCCAUGCUCAAUGUUUUCCAGGAGAGGAUGGACUUCUGCCAGCAGCACGAUAAUGCGGUACUGCGUUUUUUCUGCGACAGCUGUGCCGUGCCAAUCUGUAGGGAGUGUAGCGUGGGCAGACAUGCAGGUCACAGUUUCACCUAUCUGCAGGAAGCACUGCAGGACUCCAGAGCUCUGACCAUCCAGCUGCUCGCAGACACACAGCAGGGCAGACAGGCUGUACAGCUGAGCAUUGAGAAAGCCCAGGCCAUUGCCGAGCAAGUGGAGCUGAAGGCAAAGGUUGUGCAGUCAGAGGUGAAAACCAUUACUCUCCGUCAUAAGAAAGCUCUCGAGGAGCGUGAGUGCGAGCUGCUCUGGAAGGUUGAAAAGAUCCGCCAAGUGAAGGCAAAGUCACUUUACUUGCAGGUUGAGAAACUACACCAGAAUCUCACCAAGCUGGAUAGUACCAUCGCCACAGUGACGCAGGUACUAGAAGAAGGCCGUAGCAUAGAUGUCCUGCUAGCACGCGAGCACAUGUUAAAUCAUCUACAGGAGCUUAAGUCCCUUCACUGCAUCCUACAGCCCCAAGAAGAUGAUCGCAUCAUGUUCACUCCUCCAGACCAGGCCCUUCUGAUUGCCAUCAAGUCCAUGGGCCUCAUCAGCAGUGGAGCCUUUGCCACAGCUUCCAAAGCUCACGGUGAAGGCCUCAAGAGGGCACUGCAAGGAAAGCUAGCUUCCUUUACUGUGGUAGGGUAUGAUCAUGAUGGUGAACCUCGGUUGUCUGGUGGGGACAGUGUGUCUGUUGUGCUUAUGAGUCCAGAUGGUAAACUGUCUAGUGCAGAUGUUUCUGACCACCAAGAUGGGACUUAUACAGUCAGCUAUCUUCCUAAGAAUGAAGGUGAGCUAUUGCUGUCAGUGCUCAUAUGCAAUCAGCACAUUGAGGGAAGUCCCUUCAAGGUGAUGGUCAAGUCUGGUCGCAGUUACGGAGGUAUUGGCUUGCCAGUUGCUUCGUUUGGAGGAGAGGGUGAUGGUGAUGGGCAACUCUGUCGGCCUUGGGGCAUUUGCGUGGAUAAGGAAGGCUAUGUGGUGGUCGCGGACAGAAGCAACAACCGUGUGCAGAUCUUCAAGCCUUGCGGCACGUUCCACCACAAGUUUGGCACUUUGGGAUCACGACCGGGUCAGUUCGAUCGGCCGGCCGGUGUCGCUUGCGACAGCCAGAGGAGAAUCAUUGUGGCAGAUAAGGACAAUCACCGCAUACAGAUCUUCACCUUUGAUGGCCAGUUUCUUCUCAAAUUUGGUGAGAAAGGAACCAAAAAUGGGCAGUUCAACUACCCGUGGGAUGUGGCUGUCAACUCCGAGGGGAAGAUCCUGGUUUCGGAUACACGCAACCACCGCGUGCAACUCUUUGGGCUUGACGGGACAUUCCUCAACAAAUACGGCUUCGAGGGUGCCCUCUGGAAACAUUUUGACUCUCCUCGUGGUGUGGCCUUCAAUCAGGAAGGCCACCUUGUGGUGACCGAUUUCAACAAUCAUCGGCUGCUCGUCAUUAGGCCUGACUGCCAGUCAGCACGCUUCCUCGGGUCUGAGGGAACCGGAAACGGGCAGUUCUUGCGCCCACAAGGUGUAGCAGUGGACCAGGAGGAUCGUAUCAUUGUGGCUGACUCCCGCAACCAUCGCAUUCAGGUGUUUGAACCCAAUGGCAACUUUUUAUGCAAGUUUGGAACUCACGGUAACGGCUUUGGUCAGAUGGAUCGACCCUCGGGUAUAGCGGUUACGCCUGAUGGAACGAUUGUUGCUGUGGACUUUGGAAACAACCGAAUCCUCAUGUUCUGACCUCCAAGGUUUGAAACACAAAACUCUAACUGUGGACAGUUGGGAAAAGGAGAUUUUGCACAUCUGUCAGGAGCAAAUGCAAUUGAAUGAUAGAAAAGUGAUAACAGUUAUGGAGACUUGACAACUUUGUCUCGAUCGGUCCUUUAUCAUUUUGUACGGUUCUCACAAAUGCUUACCGUUACGGCACAGAGUUUUGAAUUCUACAAGAGUGUUUUGCUCUUGGAAUGCAUUUUCAAAUCUUUUUCUUUUUUUUUUCUCAGGGAAUUUCUUGCAUUCUUGAAAUAUUUUCUCUCUGCAUUACACCUACCUCAUCUAGCUAAUGUAUGAAUGUAAUCGCAUUUGUGCAGAGACCUAGUCCGUGAAGUUUUAAAAAGGAACGUCUACCUCAGUGGGUUUUUUUUUUCGUAGAAUGUGAGGACAUGACAUAUUAAAGUAUGAAACAAUGUUUAGUUAUUUGCACAGUUCGCACAAUUUUAUUUCCUAAUUGUUACUGUGCACAGGACACAAGUCAAAUCCCUGAAUAUUUCUCAUAACGAUGGAUGACACACACAAAAAAAAAAGCUGCAUGUUUUGGCAGAAACAUUGGAUAAUAUUUUGAUAUAUCUACUGCGUUGUUUUUGAAUUUUCAUGUACAUUUUAAAUCGGACUUCAUCUAUCUCGUACCUUAUUUUAACCUCUUACCUCAUUUACCGUGAUAUACCUCUGGGUCCUUGAGCCUCAUUACACAUAUACCUCUCUUUAUGGUCAUUUCCAUUUGAAAAAUUAUCUAAGUGGAAGCGAUUACCAAAAAGUAACUUUGUAUUGAUAAAAGUGAUGAAAGAUAUAUUGCUGAACUAGGCAGAUUAAUGUAGUAAUGUGAUAAGUCUCUCAUUAUGUAAUCGAGACUUUUUGCUUUGGCUAUGACAAAUGCUACUCGGAGAAGAGUUAUUAUUUUAAAUGUGUUAUGGAAAAGAAAAUUAAGAAUUGGAGGGUGGUCUUUAAAGAUGAUAUUUAGAUCUAUUUAAUUUUUUGGGGUGGGACACUUAUUAAAAAGAAUGUAGACACUAAAUGGAAUAUCUAAGUGUUAAAAAAGGCCUAGCCCUUGUCUUUGUGUUUAUUCAUUGUGAUUAUGAAUGUUUUUUUCUUUUGUUUUUCAAAUCUACGAUUUAUGCAAAGUAAAAACUGUUUAAGUGAUAGAAAUACACGAUUGACAUAACUGGCAAACAAGAAUACAAUCCAGUUUCUCUUUUUUUUUUUUUUUUUUUUUUUUCCUAUUGUGAAAAUGUCUCCGUAUUGGACGUGUACAUCUAUAUAGGCCAAGUUCUUAGUUUUACCCAGCUGGCUUUAUUAGAGUCCCAUUACAAACAGCUGUAUCAGAUCAAAAGUUGUUUUUUGUUGUUCUAUUGAUUAUAGCAUGGCCUACAGUGCUUCCUGUGUCCAUUUAAAGAAAGAUCUCCAGGGAGACCAUUCACUCUGUCAGUGUAACAUCGUUUGAAAACACUUAGAAUCAAUUGAGCCCAGUUUGAAAUUGGAUAGUUUGUGCUUGACUUGUGGGUAACCACUUUAAAGUGUUGUUUGCUUCUGCAUUCAAUUGAUUAAAAGAAAAACAAGAGGAAGCAAAGCAUUUGGAGGAAAAAAACAAAAAACAGAAUAUAUAUAUGAAAGCAUUUAUACAGACAGGAGAGUAUAUCUCACCAAUGGCAUUCCAUACCUUUGAAUUGCCACAGGCCUCUUGUGUAAUUAAUUAUUAAUCACUAACUUUCACGUUUUCCCUUUCUGGGAUUAAGUGGCCCACGUUCCCUUGUUAGUUUGUAUGAUCCUGUCCUUUCAAGACAAGGGUCAUGUGUGCAUUGCUUUGGUGGUUUUCAAAUGGAGAAGUGGCCAAUUGUGUGGUAGGCCCACUUACAGAGCAAACCCUUUUCAUUUGAUACUCUAUAAUUCAUGCAUUACAGAUUAGGCAUGAUUUGCAUGAUGCUUUGAUUUUUACAUGUUUAGGUGACAACAUUUAAAUUCAGCAAAUUGUGGGAGAGCUAGAUGACCUGUUAGUAAGCGGUCAUGAUGUUUUGUCCUGGCCUUGUUCUUGUCAUCUGCCAGUCUAGUAAUCUUGUGUCCUAUCAAUCCAAUCAUAAGUAUUAGUAAGCUUGCAUGUAGUUACCCGUGCCUUGUCAUGAUGCUACAAAAAUAAUCGCAUUUGAAUGUCUUUGCCAAAGGAUGACUAUAGGAAAUGGGCAAGUGCCAAAAAUUAUUCUGAAGGUCUCUGAGAUGAGCAUUUGAUUCUUGUUUAAGUAGAUCUCUUUGAAUUUGCUCAUCAGACUUUUUGCUUACAAUUACACCGAUCAGCCACAACAUUAAAACCACCUGCCUAAUAUUGUGUAGGUCCCCAUAUU